CGAGGCGAUAAGAUAGAGAAGACCUCAACAAACCAGAACUACGAAAAUUUCGCAACACCCUAUCUCUCGGCGAUUAUACUUUUCUUCUUUUGGCUUACCUCUUUCUUUUGUAUAUUAAAGAUUUCUCCCUUUCAGCAUGGCCAAGAGUGGUCGAGCCAGUGUCAUCAAGCGCAACAGAGCCAAUCUGCGAGCUACUGUAUUCGGGCCUGCUGUUGAUGCCAGAACCGAGAGACUCUCAGCAAAGCUGCAGGAACUCGCUGCUCAGCCGAAACCAAAUGAGGGCAACUCCAAAAUGGAAAUGGAUUCAACAAGAUCUGAUGGCCAGGCCACUGAUCUAAAGGCGAGAAUAGCAGAUUCUAAUGAAGAUAUGGACGUCGACCAGAAACCACGUGAUACUCACGGUCGCUCGAAAAAGUCAGGACGCAUCCAGAAGAAUAAGAAAAACCGCUCAUCCAUCGUUUUUCGUCCCCAUCCUUCGAAGGCUAAGAGAAUGUCCAAGAAGAAAUAAAGGACCUUGUAUUGCGCAUUACUACAAUGCUCUAUAUCCUGGAGUUCUGGAGUUAACAUGUAUCUGGCUUAAUCCCACAAGUCAUCUUGUCAAUUACCCUUGCAGACAUGUCACGUUUGAAGGACAGCUGCAAUCAAGUACGAUAGAUUGAUGCAAACAUAUCAGCACACAGUACAUAUUUC